AUGAAGCUCGAAGGCCAUAUUGUUGAUGUGGACAGAAGCACUAUAACAUGUGAUGGCCAAGUAAUUCAAACUCCUUUUCAGAAUACGAACUUGAAGAUCUAUACUUCUGGCUUUUCCGUUGUUGUCUUUAGUACACCGGGGGUUGAAGUGACAUGGAAUUUUGCUGACAGGUUACAGGUAAAACUGGAUGAUAAAUACAUAAAUCAGACAUGUGGUGUAUGUGGUGAUUUUAAUGGAUUUCCAGUUUUCAAUGAGUUCAGUGACAGUGGAGGGAUGGAAGAUCUUGAAUUAUAUUUCUUGAAAAAUACUUUGAAAGGUGCACAUGAAACCUGCUACCAAAGUGCUGUGGAAAUAAUUCCUGAAUGCCAAAUAGUAAAUGAUACAUGCAAAGCUAUAUUGGAAAGUAGUGAGUUGUCCACUUGUGCCAACCAUUUUGAUAAUGAGGCCUUCAUGCAGAUAUGUUCCUAUACCAACUGUCUUUGUGGAGAGAGUCCAGAACUCAGCCAAUUCUGCUUUUGCUCUGCCAUAACAGAAUAUGCAAGGCAAUGUGCCAUUGCUAGUGGUAUUCCAGAGAACUGGAGGAAUACAGAAACAUGUCCCAUACAAUGCCCUGCAAGUAUGGUAUACAAAGAAUGUGGCACAUCCUGUGAAAGAAGCUGCAGCAAUCAAGAGUUAAUAGCAUGUGAUCAGAGUUGUAUCAUGGGCUGCUUUUGUCCAAAUGACACAGUAUAUGAUGAUGUGAAAGAAACAGGUUGUAUCCAGGCGUCGGAGUGCUAUUGCAAGUACUCAGGACAGAUAUACCCACCAGGGUCAUUUAUCAACACUCCCUGCCAAAAUUGUGACCAUGGAGAGGUUUGCCAGAAUUCCUUGUUUACUGUACAUGGUGAAUUUAAGUCAUGUAACCAGAAUGAGGGUGAGACCUGUCUUACAAAAGUAGUUCUGAGCCUGGAUGACACAAACACAAUUGUGGUAAUAAAAAACACUGGUGAAGUGCUCUUUAACUCUGAAACAGCUGAACUACCUGCCUAUAUAAACAAUGUGACUGUUUUCCAACCUACUACAUUCUACAUUAUUGUGGAUACUUAUCUUGGUCUUCGUUUGGAUAUCCAGCUCAUACCUAUUAUGCAGGUCUACAUAAAUUUGAACACAACGUACUCUGAUCUUACCUGUGGAUUAUGUGGGAAUUACAACAGUAAACAACAGGAUGAUUUUACAACUCCAGAUGGCAUGACCGUACAGGAUCUCAGUAUUUUUACAUAUUCUUGGAGGAGCCUUCAAACCUGUCCCCAUGUUCCUGUUGUGAUUACUGACCCAUGUACCAACAACUUCAUGAACGCCACAUAUGCAGAAGACUGUGAUAGUUCUAUGCGAUACCAAGAGUUAGUUGCUUCCUGCCAGCCCACCUGCAAGUCUCUGAGCCAUCACGACCCAUCAUGUUCUGUAAACUUUAUACCUAUUGAUGGAUGCGUCUGUAAGAAAGACACCUACCUCACAGAAGAUGGUAACUGUGUGACGAUGAAGCGCUGUCCAUGUUAUUAUAUGGGGGAUUAUAUAAACCCUGGCGAAGAAACAAGCAAGAAUGGAAUUAUUUGUACUUGCAUUAAUGGAAAGCUGGAGUGUGAAGCUGAGCAGGAAACAAAAGAUUGCACAUCUCCUAUGACCUAUUUUAAUUGCUCUGUGGUACCUGAAGGAGCUACUGGGAUUGAGUGUUUGAAGAGCUGCCAAAACCAGGAUGUGCCCUGUUACAGCACUGAUUGUAUCUCAGGAUGCGUUUGCCCUACAGACAUGUUGGCUGAUGGCAAAGGAGGUUGUGUUACCAGUGACACAUGUACUUGCAUUCACAAUGAUAUCAUAUAUGAUCACAAACAGAGUACCAGAAUUGGCUGUUCUAUGUGUACAUGUAAUAACCAGAAAUGGGACUGUGAGAAUAAUGACAUUAUGGCAGAAUGCACAGUGUAUGGAGAAGGAAACUAUAUAACAUUUGAUCAAAAACAAUACAGAUACAAUGGACAGUGUCAAUAUACUCUGGUACAGGACUACUGUGGGUAUAAUGUACUAAAUGGAACAUUCAGAAUCAUGUCUGAGAAUACCAAAUGUGGUACAAGUGGCACAACUUGCUCCAAGUCAAUUACUGUUUUGAUAAAUGAUUUCAGACUGGUUCUAAGUGAUGGCAACAUGCAGCUGACCAAUUUUGGAGAUCAGCUGGACUCACCUUUUCAAAUUAGAAAUUCUAGUAUCUAUUUGAUCAUUAAAGUUAGUAAUGGAAUAGUCCUCACGUGGGAUAAGAAGACCAGCAUAAUAAUCAAAGUUACCCCAUCUUUUCAAAAUAAACUCUGUGGACUCUGUGGCAAUUAUGAUGGAAACUCAUUAAAUGAUUUUAACACACGAGGCCACUUUCAAGUAGCAGAUGUAAUAGAGUUUGGAAAUAGCUGGAAACUCUACCCAACUUGUCCAGAAAUAACAUCUAUUCCAGAGCCUUGUGAAAUGAACCCAUUUAGGAAAACAUGGGCUCAGAGGAAGUGCAGUAUCAUCCUAAGUGAGGUGUUCCAGCCCUGCCAUGCUCAGGUGGAUCCGUCCAGCUACUAUGAUGCCUGUGUCAAAGAUUCCUGUGGUUGCAAUGAAGGAGGGGACUGUGAUUGUUUUUGCACAGCUGUAGCUAUGUAUGCACAAGCAUGUCUUGCACAAUGUGUCUGCGUUGAGUGGAGAAAUCCAAAUCUUUGCCCGGUAUUCUGCGAUUACUAUAACCGGGAAGGAAAUUGUGAAUGGCACUAUAGGGCAUGUGGCCCAAACUGUAUGAAGACUUGUCAAAAUCCUUCUGGGAUAUGUUCACCUGAACUAUUUAAAGUGGAAGGCUGCUACCCAACUUGCCCAGACAACAAGCCAUACUUUGAAGAAACUGGCAUGUCAUGUGUAGAAGUGUGUGGCUGCUAUGAUCAGAAGGGCAAAUACUAUCACCCAGGAGAAAUAGUAUUAUCCUGCAACAACUGUGAAAGCUGGUAA